AUGUUUGCAAGCCAUUGACAUUGGUGAUACUAUAAAUCAUGCUAAAUUGGCAGCCACUUUUAUUAUGGCAAGAAUGCAGGAUCUGAUCACUAUGCAUAUGUGUGUGUGUGGUAUAGAACAUCUAUUAUAUGGGUCUAAAGGCUAAUAUAUACCUAAAUGCUUUUAAUGGGGCCAUGUGCUGUAAGUCACUUGCAUGCUUAAGAACUAUUUGCAGGAAAAAUGACAUGAAGUUGUCACUAAGCACCCUUAAAAAGAUUUAAAAAACACUAUUCCCAUAUAAAUACCCACAGGGAUUCUUAAAUUCAGUAAUGCAGACAUAUUUUCCAUUUCCAGAGGAAUUUAGUCUAACUUGGAAUAAUGCACCCCAUAUAUAGUAAUUUUUGGUGUAUUUGCUCCGAAGAUGUGAGAUUAUAGUAGAAAAAGAUUGCACCGUGGAUUGGCAAUUCAAUUUAGAGUGAAAUACAGCAGCUGCAAGUUCCAGUCUAAGUGCAUCAUUGCUCACUUGAGGUCACUUUUUCAAACCUGGAGUCAAUAGUUCUCUAACAAUAAGAGCUUUGGUUCAUUUUCUAGAAGCCCUUGAAACUGUUACUUUGCUGGCGAAUACGCCAUUAUUUCUCUUAAAGUAAUUGCAUUCUUUAGCUGUAUUUCAUCAUAACGAGAACCCCCUGACUGUGUGCCUGCACAUGUGUAUUUGUAUGUAUGUAUUUGUGUAUGAGGCAAAGCUGUGUCUCUGCAAGUCAUUCCCCAGGAGACUUUGAGUGGCUCUGAUGUGCAGGGCAGCAAUAGUCAUGAACUUCUAGCUACCACAAAUUCAUUCCAGUGUUUUUUCAUAUUGCAUUUUUCCCACGAUCUCACCUUCCUUUUCCCAGAGCCUGACUGAUGUGCUUGGAAGCAGGCAACUAAGCCUUUCCAAAUGCUGAAUAAAGUAUAGAAUUAAUGACUUAGAUGUUAAAGAGGACAGUGAUUAUGUCUUAAAUGUCUAACAAGCUGGGACAGUUGUAAUUCUAGCCUUUCAGGUUUUACUAACUUGUCUUCAAUAAUUACUGGCUGACCAGUAGUACUGAAAACUGCAGGAGCUGCAUAUAGCAUUGCAAAGUGCUGUCUGGUUUAUGUAGACUUGUCUACUGAUAUAAGAUUGCUUGAAAUAAAGAUCGUCAGAUUUGACAACAUUGGACCUAAGUUGAAGAUUUGCACAGUAGGCAGUGCGUUGAUUCUUUCCAUUACUAGUAUCUGGCCCAGUUUGAAAUGUAUGUAGGCUUAUAAAAUAUAAAAUCAAGUCCUUUAAAACUUUCCAAUGUGUACUGAGCAAAACAAUGCAGUUUGAAGUAAUUUACUGCGACAACUUUAGUUGCCUCAAGAUCCUAAAAAUACUUUUCAAAUGACCCCGUUCAGGCCAGUGACACUUCCUGAACUAUCCUGUUUGUGUGACAAGUUUGUACAUGCAGAAGUUUUUUGUCAGUUGCUUUCAAAUUUUUCUCACCACUCGAUCUUCAACUGUUUUUUCUGGGAAACUCGGGAAGGGUUAUCUUUAGUUACCAUUUUUUGUGAAAUAAGCAGAAUAUUGUUGGUUUCUUCUUUGUAGUUUUUAAGGGCCUGUUUAGCAGGAAAGCAAGAUUUGAGUGUCAGUUGAACUAUAAAAGAUAUCUGCCCAGUUAAAAUGUCAUUUCAAUAUGUAUGUGGAAACAGCUAAAUGACAUGAAGCAGAGCUGUAUUUCAGGAAGCUGAGGAGUACAAUAUUGGCACUGUGAUUAUUAGUUGAUCCUGAAACUGGCAGAGGAUUAAACACAUCCUGCUGCAGAGAUGGAUGCUAGCAUUUUGUCCUUCAUGUAAAAAUGAAUAUCAUCCCUAGUAUAUGUUAUUUUUCUGAUAUUUUGAUUUUGUGAAAAUGUAGUCUGAGCUCCUGAAUGUAAACCUUCUUUUUGAUCUGGCUCUUACAGGUAUCUGACAUUAAAAUUAAAGAUUUAUCCUUCUAAACAUCAGUAAUUUUCAAAAAUUAAUUGGCCUCACAUUGGCUGGGCUUUUUGCAGUGAUACAAAAUCAACAAGUUUUUGUGGAGAGCAGAAAAUACCUUUUCAUACACACUUUUAAUUUUGUAUCUUGAAAGUGGCUAUGGAGAUAUUCUCAUAUACAAAGACAGCAGAGCUGAAGGGAGGGAUCAGAGGACAUCAAGGGAACUAAGAGGAGCAGUGGCUUUACCUGCAGCCACUCACAAACUGGAGGUAGAGCCCUGAAUCUGUGAAAUCCAGCACCUGCUCUUAUAAUAAUCCAUUUUUAUGUGUAGCACAUCCAGAAAUAUUUUUUUAAAAUUUUGCUUUAGUCAAAAUUGAAAAUUAAAUUUGAAACUUGAGCUUGAAUACAUUGUAAUGGUUUGGCAGAAUAACUGGGAGAAUUUUGGCUUUGAUUACCCAUAAAGCCAGGAGGUGAAACAAGCUUGCUCUUCCUCAUACUCGUCCAAUGAAAUUUUGGACUGACCUUUCAAAUAGAUGAAGCACCAAGCUGGAAUGCUGGAUAAAUCGAGUGAAAUGCUGUCUUGCUGUGUUUUACCUUACAAAGGGGUGAAAAGAAAUUGAGAGAGUGAGGGUUUUGUUCCACUCAAAAAUUUGGAAAGGCUAGGAAAAACAUAAAAUGGGCUGGUGGAGAUGAUGAAAAGCCAAUUGUGUUGAAUUAUGCUGAUGAUACAUCAAAGUAAUCAUGAGGCAGUGACUGCAAGGAGGAGGAAGGGGAGUGUGUACCUUAGGGAAUCAGGAGCAGGCACCAUCAAGUAGAGCACAGGCAAGAGAAUGCACAGGAUGAGGGGAAGCACACUCAGCCCUGAUUAGAUACCAAAAUUAGGUUCUCACUGCACAUUUUGUAAUCUGCGAUCCCAGGAGCUAGUUCUUAAUGUAGCACUGAGUGUUUUUUCACUGUUCUCAGCAGUAUUCCUUAUGUAAAAUGUGUGCACUGGCAUCCUAAAUAGCUUGAUUCCAACACCCUUGUGAAGGGUGAGGGCCCCAUCAUGUCAUGUGCUGUCACUAAGCUCUGCUAGCUGGUAGGCAGGUUCUUCCUGGAAGGUCUACAGAGAUGCUUUUUAGACUUCUAGAAUUAUAAAAUAUUUUCUCAAAACCAGUGUCCAUCUCAAAAAUGUCCAUCUUAUUUUCAGGGUCCAGCUGGCUAUUGUAAAAUUAAUUAUUCUUUCUAAGAGCUUGGCUCCUAUAUUGUGAAUGCUAUAAAUAAUUCUCAGCAACAUUUGGAUGAGGUAUGUAAAGCAUAGAGGCACACUUGAUAAUAAGGAGAAAAAUAAAUAUUUAGGAGUUACUAGUUCAUUAAGUUAUGUCUAUUCUGUGCAUGAAAUGAGGCAGGGAAACAGGAAAGAUGUCUUCCAUUACAGAGACUAUCAUGAAGGAGUCACAUAAUUCUAUACAUGACAAUCAAUCAGACUUAAGUCCCUCUAAGAAUCACCUCCAAGACACUUCUUUAGAUCCAUAAGAUUUAAGUCACCAAAGCAGAUAAAAAUUGUUCCAUAUUUGCUGCAUGCUUUGGGCAGUGGGCAAGAACGUGGCAUUGCAAAAUGAUCUCACAGAAUUUCUGCCCUGUCACACUGAAGCCCUAAAGGGCAUGCAAGGGCACUAUGCAUGGGUUGCAGCAUCUGUCUUCAUGCAUGUGAUUUCUGGCAUCUCUUCCAGUACCUACGUCCUCUCUUUUUUCUUUCCCUCCAUCUCGGUCUUCCCUGUGUUGCCUGGCUAACUUUAAGGAGAAUACUUCAGCUCCAGGAGAAAUUCCAUCUCUGCACUACCAACAUGAGCAGCCUGUGACACCAGGUCAGGCUGUAACCACCAGCAGAAACAACCACAGGAAAGCCCUGCAUAAUGAUCUCUCCAGGGUACUACAUAGAAAUGGCUUUAUGGAUCUGGACACUAACCAUCUUGAGCUGUUUUUGCAUCACCUUAACCAGAAAUGAGGAACUGAAAUUUUUUCAGAGUGCUACAGAGCUAAAUCAUCUAACAGUGGAUAAUGACACUGGGAUAAUCUAUUUGGGAGUGGUAAAUGCGCUGUAUCAGCUUACAGAAAACCUGGAAGUAAUAAGAUCUGUAGAAACAGGUCCAAGAAAGGACAACAAAAAAUGCACACCUCCCAUUGAUGAAAAUCAAUGUAAAGAGGCCGUACUGACUGACAAUUAUAACAAGUUACUGUUGCUGAACAAGGUGGAUAAUACAACUGUGGUAUGUGGAAGCCUUUUUAAGGGAAUCUGUGCCAUCAGAGAUCUACAAAACAUUAGUGAUGAGAAGUACUACGUAGACAGUAGUGGAGAAAAGUCCUUUGUAGCAAGCAAUGAUGAGAAUGUAUCAACUGUGGGACUGAUCACUUCCUUGAAUAACGACCAAGUGCUGUUUGUUGGGAAAGGGAAUGGACCGAACGACAAUGGGAUCAUAAUCAGCACUCGGCAGCUUUACGCCAGGGAUGGGAAAGACAUUUUUGAAAUGUAUACAGACUCAGCAGCUGUUAAGUCAGCUUAUCACUCAUCAAGCACACAACAGUUUGUGGCAGUUUUUGAGGACAAAAACUAUGUUUAUUUUAUUUUUAAUCAGCAAGAGAAACAACCUGUCAACAACCGCACACUGAUUGCACGUCUGUGCAAAGACGAUGCCCAUUAUUAUUCCUACUUUGAAAUGGACUUGGGUUGCAAAGAUGAGGAUGGUGCCUAUGACCACUGUCAUUCUGCUUACGUCACUACCCCUGGAAAAGAGCUGGCUGAGAGCAUGGCUCAGCAGGGACAGCCUGCAGAUACUCCCUCAGAUGACAAAGUUCUUCUUGCACUCUUCAGCAAAGUAAACAAAGAUGAUGGCUCUCUAAAAUCUGCCAUGUGUGUGUUUUCCUUGCGGCAGAUCAAUGAAAAGAUGGAAAAAAACCGGAAUGAUUGCUACACUAAAAAGAAUACCAGCUCAUUUUACAAACUUUUUUCAGCAGAAAACCCGUGUGCUUUACAUGGACUGAACGCAAGCAAAAAUUUCCCCUGUGGCUCCGAGCACCUGCCAUACCUUUUGGGAAGCAGGAAUGGAGUUGUGGAGAAGCCGGUGCUGCAGAAGGAAGGGAUGAACCUCACGGCUGUCACUGUGGCUGUGGAGAACGGGCACACCGUGGCCUUUCUGGGGACGUCAGAUGGCAAAAUCCUUAAGGUGUUCCUGUCAUCCACUGCAACUGAGUACAGCUCUCUUACUAUUGAACUAAACAAACCUGUAAAGAAGGACCUGGUCCUUGAUCAAACCCAGGAAAACCUGUAUGUGAUGACCACAGACAAGGUGUACCGGUUACCUGUGCAGGACUGCCACAAGUACUCGGACUGUGAGAAGUGUGCCCAGGCCAGGGACCCGUACUGCGGCUGGUGCGUGAGGGAGGGCAGGUGCACAAAGAAGGCAGACUGUGGUACAGCUAAUAAGGAGAACCACUGGCUGUGGAGUCCAAGUGGCACAUGUGUGACUAUCAUUAGUGCAGACCCUCUAAAUAUGAGUCGCAGAGCUCCUGCUAAGGUGGAACUGACUGUAAGUCCCAUGCCAACUCUGACUGAGAGUGACAAGGUUUGCUGUACCUUUGGUGAAACAGUGCAUUCUGCUCAGUUGAAAGAAGGGGUUAUUAUCUGUGAUCCCCCUGAUUUAAUUCCUCCAACACCAAAACAUCAAGAUCAUGUUUCAGUUCCACUUCAGUUAACCUUUGAAAAGAACAAGAUUUUUUUUGCAUCACAUACUUACCCUUUUUAUGACUGUGAAGAAGCAAUGAAUCUCAUUGAAAAUCAGCCAUGCUAUUCCUGUGCAAGCAAUAGAUGGAACUGCCAGUGGGACUGGAAGAGACAUAUCUGUGAAGAGUCCUCUUCAGUACAAGAUGUGAUUAAACAAAAUAUGGAAGGAGAAUGCCCACAGUUUCUAAACCCUGACCCUUCAAUAAUACCUAUGGAGUACCAAACAACUGUGUAUUUUGAGGGAAAACAUCUAGACUAUUAUCAGGGUAAAAUAUUUGUGGUUGGAAAUAGCCAAUUUGAAUUUGAAGCUUCUGUUGUUGAGUCAGAUGAAGGAAAAUUUUCAUUCGUGAGUAAAGAGUUUUCCUAUAGUGCAAAUGAGACCCUACAACUUAACUUAUCCAUAAAAACAGAGAAAGUCAAGAUUGACAGCAAACUGAUGGUGACUCUGUACAACUGCUCCUACGGACGAAGCGACUGCAGCUUGUGCCUGGCUGCCCGGCCUGAGUAUAAGUGUGUCUGGUGUGAAGAGGAUGGCAAGCCCAGCAAGUGUGUGUAUGAAAAACUCUGUCACACUGCCCCCACCGACACGUGUCCUCCUCCAGAAAUCACUCGUAUUGAGCCAAAAACUGGACCACUAAGUGGUGGAAUUCUUUUGACCAUAAUGGGAUCUAAUUUGGGAAUAAAGGCAGAAGAUGUAAAAAAUAUAACAGUGGCAGACAAGGAAUGUCUUUUUAAAGAGGAGUUCUACUCUGUUUCCACAAGGAUUGUGUGUCAAGUUGGACCAAUGAAUGAACCACAACAAGGUCAAAUUGAAGUUAACAUCAAUGGAAAAUUAGGUAAAUCACCAAGUGAAGUGCUGUUUACAUACCAGGAACCUUAUCCUUCUCAAAUAAGACCUGAAAGUGGUCCACAAGCAGGUGGAACCAGACUUACCAUCUCUGGUAUAAAUCUGGCCACUGGUUCCAAGAAAGAUGUUCAAGUCACAGUCGGUAGCCAGCCUUGCAAUGUUACUGAAUUUGGAGACGAGAUCAUCUGCAUCACAGGACGUAAUAACAAGGUUGAACCUGUUCCGGUCACAAUGAGCUAUGGGGGCAUGAGAAUUACUGUACCACAGCUGUUUACAUACAGUGAGAAUCCUACUGUCACCAAAUUCCUGCCAGUAAACAGCUUCAGCAGUGGAGGAAGAAAUAUUACAGUAACUGGAACUGGUUUUGAGCUCAUCCAGUCUUUCUCAUUGGUGAUCUAUGCAGAGCGUCCAGAAGCAGGGAGGAUUAAUCAAAAAAAGUUUUAUGGGAAGGAUGUUACAAGACUCAAUGAAACCACGGUGGUUUUUUCUUCCCCACCAAUACUGGAAGACCCAGAAAACUACAACAUUACCACUGUUAUUCUAAUGGAUCAUUAUAAAUUGGUUGUAAAAAAUGAGAGCCACUCUUUUGCCUAUGUUGCAGACCCAACUUUUGAAAACUUCACAGAUGGCAUCAAAAAACAAGUCAACAAACUUAUUAAUGCUAAGGGCAGUAACCUGAACAAAGCCAUGACGAUAGAUGAGGCCCAGGCUUUUGUGGGUGAUGAGCCUUGCAAUAUAAAAACUCUAACUGAAACGGACUUAUAUUGUGAGCCACCAGAAGUACAGCCUCAACCAAAGAAACGGCAGAAGAGAGAUACCAUCAAUAACCUUCCUGAAUUCAUUGUAAAAUUUGGACUCCGGGAAUGGAUCCUUGGAAGGGUGGAAUAUGAUAACCGUGUGACUGAUAUCCCACUGAAUCUAAUUUUGCCACUGGUACUUAUUCCCAUGAUAGUAAUCAUUGGCAUUUCUAUCAUCUGCUACAGACGCAAGAGCCAACAAGCAGAACGAGAGUAUGAAAAAAUUAAAUCACAACUUGAAGGCCUGGAGGAGAGUGUCAGAGACCGGUGCAAGAAGGAGUUCACAGAUCUAAUGAUAGAGAUGGAGGAUCAGACAAAUGAUAUCAACGAAGCUGGAAUUCCAGUACUAGACUACAAAACAUACACAGACAGAGUCUUCUUCCUGCCCUCCAAAGAUGGAGAGAAAGAUGUGAUGAUUACAGGAAAGCUGGAUAUUCCCGAGGCCAGGCGCCAGACCGUGGAGCAGGCUUUGUACCAGUUCUCCAACCUCCUCAACAGCAAAUCAUUUCUCAUUAACUUUAUUCACACACUGGAAAACCAAAGGGAGUUCUCUGCUCGAGCUAAAGUGUAUUUUGCAUCUUUACUGACUGUUGCUUUACAUGGAAAACUAGAAUACUACACUGACAUCAUGAGGACACUGUUCUUAGAACUGAUGGAGCAGUAUGUUGUGGCCAAAAACCCAAAGCUGAUGCUAAGAAGAUCUGAAACGGUUGUUGAGAGAAUGUUGUCUAACUGGAUGUCUAUUUGUUUAUAUCAGUACCUCAAGGACAAUGCUGGGGAGCCUCUUUAUAAAUUGUUCAAGGCUAUCAAACACCAGGUAGAAAAAGGCCCAGUGGAUGCUGUGCUGAAGAAAGCAAAGUAUACACUGAAUGACACAGGCUUACUGGGAGAUGAUGUAGAGUACACACAGUUGACAGUUAAUGUAUAUGUGCAAGAGGGAGGAAAUGAUUCCAUACCUGUGAAAGUGCUGAACUGUGACACCAUAUCACAAGUGAAGGAAAAGAUAAUAGACCAAGUCUAUCGAAAUCUGCCGUGCUCUCAGUGGCCAAAAGCUGACAGUGUAGUUCUUGAAUGGCGUCCAGGUUCUACUGCACAGAUCCUCUCAGACUUGGAUUUAACAUCCCAAAGAGAUGGCAGAUGGAAACGCAUCAACACACUAAUGCAUUACAAUGUCCGAGAUGGUGCCACGCUCAUCUUAUCAAAAAUGGGGAUUUCCCAGCAGCCAGAGGAUAAUCAGCAAGAUGUCCCAGGGGAAAGGCAUGCACUCCUGGAAGAUGAAAAUAAGGUCUGGCAUCUAGUCCGGCCAGUGGAUGAAAUGGAUGAAGGUAAAUCAAAGCGGGGCAGUGUGAAAGAAAAAGAGAGGACCAAAGCUAUUACAGAGAUCUACCUGACCAGACUUCUUUCUGUGAAGGGGACACUUCAGCAGUUUGUAGAUGACUUCUUUCAUAGUGUGCUCAACUCAAACCAUGUGGUGCCACCAGCUGUGAAGUACUUCUUUGACUUUCUUGAUGAGCAAGCAGAAAAACAUGACAUCAAGGAUGAAGAUACCAUUCACAUCUGGAAAACAAACAGCCUGCCUCUUAGAUUCUGGGUAAACAUACUGAAAAAUCCCCAUUUCAUCUUCGAUGUUCAUGUUCAUGAAGUAGUGGAUGCUUCCUUGUCAGUCAUUGCACAGACUUUCAUGGAUGCUUGCACAAGAACAGAGCACAAAUUAAGCAGAGAUUCUCCAAGUAAUAAAUUACUUUAUGCGAAAGAAAUCUCUAACUAUAAGAAAAUGGUGGAAGAUUACUACAAAGGUAUUCGUCAGAUGGUGCCAGUGAGUGACCAAGACAUGAAUACCCAUCUAGCAGAGAUUUCUAGGGCACAUACUGAUUCUUUAAACACGCUUGUGGCUCUACACCAACUCUACCAGUACACUAACAAAUACUAUGAUGAGAUUAUAAAUGCACUUGAAGAGGAUCCAGCUGCACAAAAAAUGCAGCUUGCCUUCCGUUUACAGCAAAUAGCAGCUGCGCUAGAGAAUAAAGUGACUGACCUUUGACUCAAAAGCCGCAAUAAAGAAAUCUGAUCUGAAGAUGUUCAAAUUCAUUCUUCCUGUUAAGGAAAUAGUGUUCUAUUUUUUAAUGUAUAAUUACAACUUUAAAUGAAAGAUUUCAUGGUUUUUUGAUAGCAGAGGUGUAAUGUAAAGAAUUUUUACUGUAAAUUAUGCUUCUAAUUAAAAGCUGUGUUGUGUGUAAAUGAAUCUUCUGUGGGAAAGAGAGUCCUUUGGUGGGGGGCAGGGAGGGGGGUGGAAGAAGAAAAACCUAUCGUUCAUUUGAUUUAGUAGAAUCUGAGACAUCAGCAUUUAGAAUUCAUUAUGCAAGUAAAUUCAAUACUAUAGCAUCCUUUCUACCUUAAGCAAUAUUUGUACUAGGAAAACAAUAACAUACUCAGACACAUGCAAUAUCCCCUUUUAUUUUGAUAACUGGAAAUUGACUUCCACAGAGCUCUAAAACUUGGUCUGUGCUCAUAAUGAACAUAGUGAACAAAGUGUCCGAUUUCUCUGCAAGUCUAAAAAUGGGAUUUGCUACCACACAUGGUUCUAAAUUUAAUUAUUUAUCUCAAUGGUGAUGCACCCACCACAGUUGGCUGUGAGAGAAAUAAGAGUAAUAUCAAUGUAGAAGAGUUCUUCUGAUGAAGUCUUAUUCGGUUCAGAAAUCACUGCAAAGAAGGAAUCAGUCCUUAAAACUUUAAAACUUUGUUAUUAUUGUGAGUUUUAUGAUAUAUGCUAAUGUGCCUUACUUGUACUAAUUCUGUGAAUCUGAUGAAUGGUUUUGUAAAAAGGAGCAGAUCAGAAAAAUAAGUAUUUAUGUGCUAUUGAAUGACUUUUGUGUGAAAAACAUGACCAGCAGAAUGCUUGUAAUUAGCUGCUUGCCGAGAGUGUGCUGUUUAACAUGAUUUGAUUAUGUAUAAUACCCUAUUUUAGAAUGGUUCUGAUGAUUUUUUAUUUGAAUCUUGGAACUGUCCUAGAAAUACCAUCACUUGUUUUUAUUGUAUCUGUGAUGUAAAAUACUACUAUGAUAUUGGAAAAAAUCAUAUACUCAUCUAUUGAAAACCACUCAGUCAGUUUUGAGCCUUGGAAUGCUGCAUUUGAUUGAAUACACACUAUAAUCCAUAGCAAAGAAAAUUGAAAUAACUUGUCAGAAAGUGUGUGUUUACAAUAUAGGUAAGCGCCGUACAAAUCAAAAAGUUAGGUACGUCUUCUUAAAUUGCUGUAUUGCACAUCAGAGAACUUUACUUCUCUUUGUCUUGCAAGUUUUUGGCAGUAAAGUAGCAUUUUAAUGAAGUGCUGCCAUCUGUACUCCUUCGUUCAUUGUCCUGCCAAGCACCCGGACUCUGCUGACUCUCAGCAAGCUAAUGCAGUGUCUGCCCGCUCUCCCUGCCUGGUAGGUUGUCACACACUGACUUUUACUGUCUGUUGAUAUUUUUUUUUCCUCCCAUUUUGAAAAUUUCCUAGUAUUUGUCAGUGGGCCUUUCCUUCAGUUUCUGAAAAUCAAAAGCCUCACCAGAACUGGUUUCCUGCCCAGUAGGCUGUGAGCAGUUUUUUUGUUUGUUUUGUACUCAACUUCUUGCAUUUGUCUAUAAUCAUUCCUGAACCUGCCUGGGCUGUAACUUAUUUUAUACUGUUUAGGACUGAGCUAUACACUUCUACAGCAAGGUGCUUUGCCAGUUACUCUUUCAUCAACAAAGGCAUCCUAAUUUCAUGGCUAAUCUGUUUCUUUUUCAUUAUUUGUAAAUCCUGUUAAUUGUAAAUCAAAUACAAUGUUGUUUUUUCCACCAA